CAACUAUUACAACAAAAACAAUUAGGGAGCUACAACAGUUCCUAUAUAAAAGUUAAAGUAGCAGUAUUCUUUAAUUUGGAAUGGAAGUUACAUAAGAGGACAUAUAAUAAAGACACAUAAAACCAUGGCAUAUAUUUAUUUAUCAGUCAUUUCUUUGCCACCCAUCUUAUUAGUUUUUAUGAUUUAUGAGGUAAGAUCUUCCUCCCUCCCUCAAUGUUAGAGCUCACUGAAACUGAAAAGAAGAUUAAUGGUGGACAGAAGGAAAUUGUUUCCACACAGCAUAUAGUUAAACUGGUAGCAGGUGUGCAAAUAGUUUAUAUGAGUGAUUUUAAAAGGGGACUGAACACUUUUAUAGAAGAUCAGGCUAUGAGUAGCUACUUCUUUGAUGGCUGUUAGGGGGCUAUUGCUCCCUGGUCCACAUCUGAGAUAUUCCCAGGUGCGCAUCCAAUUGCUACUGUUUGACAAAGAAUGUUGAAUUAGAUGGCCUAACAUCUGAUCCAGGAGGGUUCUACCAAUUAUUCCUAGUUCUGACUGUAUUCAACUAUGAAGGACAGGGACUCAAGAAGCAAGGACAUAAACAUGGAGUGAGGCCAGAGAGAACUGGAUAUUUCUUAAUUCCAAUUAUGAAGGACUAGAGAAGGAAAAAAUAUCUGUACACUUCGCUUACUAUGGCAUUAUAUUAUCCACUGCUGAAAAGCAGGUGACUUGGAUAGACAUAUCUUGCUUUCUUGCUAUCUUAUGUAAUAAGAGGUUGGCAGAUUCAACUCUGCCAGUUCUGUACCCUACACAAAUGGGUCACGUAACAUGUGAAGAACUUUUAUUCACAACUGUCUUCUCUACAAAAAGAGAUUCUGAAUGCAAAAAAAACAAAAAACCACGGGGCAGAAGGAAGCAAAAACUGGCAGACAUUAAUCCAGGAAAGUACAUAAGAGUAUGUGUGAACCUAUCUUUGAAGUGCACGUGAUCUUGGUCCUAUUUUAUUUUAAAAUUGUCAUCUGAAAUGCCCGUUUAUAAAUUCUGGACCUGCAAAAAAAAAGGGCAUUAAUAAUAUCAGCAAUAAUUAGAAAACACAGGUGAAGGGCGGGUUUGUCUGGAAGUUUGGACUAAGCUACCAGGAGACUCAACGCUGAAAAAAUGGAGCACCAAACUUCACAAUAAAGGUCUUGUCUACUGUAACGUUUUCCCUGAGCAUCUUGUGGCAGCCAAUGAGCGCCUCUUUUCCUCCAGAUCUGCACUCCCAUUGGUUGCAGCCUGUCAUUCUUUUGCUCGUCUAAGACAAGGUUGGAGUUAGAGGAUCUGCGUUCAACAAUCGGUUUCCUCACAUCUCGGCGCUAAUCACAGCAGGGAGAUUAAAACAGUUAAUUUUUCAACUAUUUCUCCUUAUCCAGCUGACCGCAAAUCCGAGCGGCUCCCAAUUCCCUGCCGCCUUUUCUUCUCCCGAGCUUUUUAACGCAAUGACAGCCCGUUGCCUGAUCUGAAAACCCCGCAGGGCCAUUAUCAUGUUGAGGCAACACUUUUCGUACGAGCUGGUUCGCUACACGCAGGCCCCCUCCGCCUUGCUUCCCAAACAAGCUGAGGAGAGCAGGCCGGACUUUGCGGCGGAGCAGUUCCAGAUGCGAUCCGGAACCGGGACCACCCGGGCGGGCGGGAGCAAGAGCGAGCAGCAGCUGCUGCGGAGAAAGAUCAACAGCCGCGAGCGGAAGCGGAUGCAGGACCUCAACUUGGCCAUGGACGCGCUGCGAGAGGUGAUUCUGCCUUACUCGACGGCUCAUUGCCAGAGCUCGCCCGGGCGGAAGCUUUCCAAAAUCGCCACGCUGCUCUUGGCGCGGAAUUACAUUCUUUUGUUGGGAAGCUCGUUGCAAGAGCUCCGGAGAAUCAUAGGGGAGAUUAGCGGCUCCUCGGGUCCCAGGCUGCUACUGGCUGGACUGCCUCUCUUCGCCGCCGCCGCCGCCGCGGUCGCCCCGGGCCCGGUGCUGCUAACGCCGGGGAUCGGGAGCCACCACCACCUGCCCCACCACCACCACCCGGACAGGCUCCGACAGGCCAGCAAAUACCCCUCGGCGGCGGCCCUGGAGGAGCAACAGUGCGGCCACGUGCCCGUCCCCGAUGGGGCUACCCUUUGCUCCUGCGCCGCUUGCAAGUUCCCUCACUUGUUUCCUUCCGGCUUCGGGGUGGCCGCUGUGCAGACGCAGUUUUCCAAAUGAGCCUGGCCCUCCUGAGCUGAGGGGGGGAUGGAGAUGGAGGGGGCCCAGCAGGCGGCGAUGGAAACUGGUGGGACGGCGGGGGCCCGGAGGAUCGAGGAGCCUGGUGGCUUCUCCUUUUUUAUUACACGGUCUGCACGGAGCGACAGCUGGGGGCAGAUAGGCGAGAAUGUUCAAGACCCUGAAAGGGACGGUUUUGCAAGUUUUCCCCUCAAAUCGGGUGCGCGAUCGCUGGGACAAAAGUCUGAUUUUGGCCCUCGGGUACAAUUUGAAGAAGAGGGUCAGAAUGGGGCAAUUGUAUUAAAGAGGUUAAAUAGUCCAACGCUAACCCAAGCCUACCACGUGAUGAUGUAGCUGUGCACGGGACCUGAAAUCAAUACCAAGCCUGUUAAGAUUUGUAAAAGAGGGAUCAUGGAACCCCAGAAUUGGAAGAAGCUUUCCUCUUGGUGCAAAAUCCAAAUGAAAAAGCAUUCCAGGCAAAUGGCCGUCCAGCCUCAUUGAGCACAUUCAACAGAGGAGAGUCGCAGCCCUUGGCAAUUGGUUCCAUUGUUAAACUGCUUUGUCAGUUGGAAUAACUUCCUGUAAUUGGACAUCUUAAUCUGUGUCCCACACUCUGGGAUGCAGAGAACCAGCCAUUCUUCUAUAAGAACCAUCUUCAGGCACUUGAAAACUAUGAGUCUUACUAUCCUCAGUUAUUUCUGAAGGCUUAAACAUGCCCAACUCUUUCGGGCUCUUCUUGUAAGGCGAGCAGGAUUCACACUACAGCAGUGACUUUUGGCAUUAAUACAGCAAGGAGAAAAGUUUUCAAACUUCAGUGAUGGUUUAGUGACAUUCAGAAAUGUCAUAAGAUUCUAGUUAAGAUCCUGACUAAAUAUUCAGUGUUUGGAUAAUCUUGGUAAGGCUUUAUAGUGGGCACUUGUUCCAAUAUUUCAGAGUCUCUCUCUCUCUUUCUCUCUCAAGUCCCCAGAAACUGUGUGAUAUUAAGAAUGUUAUAGGGAUUUGAAAAAUAUACUAAGCUGCAUUUGCCUUUUCAGCAGCUAUGCCAGCUGAUUCAUAUUUAGCAACUGAUUCCCCUAUUCAGUAUCUUGUAUUUGAUUUUCUACAUGAAGAACUUUCUAUUAAAUGUCAUUCUUUUUUUCAGUCAAUCUAUUUAGAUUGUCUUGAUUUUUUUCCUGUAUAUUAAUAUAUUAGCUGUCCUACUGAGUGUUGUGUAAUUUGCAAAUCUGUUAAGCACUGCUUCCACCUACUUAUCCAUGUUAAUGAAAAUAAUGAUGAGUCAAGUCUAGGACUAAAUCCCUGUGGCACACCACUUGAAACUUAACUGCAAUUCAAUGAGUAUUCUUUGAGCAAUGUUUUCAACAUAUAUGCCAGCCAGCCAAUAUUUAGCUAAUCAAAAUAUCAUGUAAUAUUUUUUUGAAAUUUUGUUGCUCCUAGUGUAGUGGAAUUUCCUUUCAGUAAAAAUGUAUAAGAUCACAUCUGUGUUCCUA